AUGGCUAAGAGAAAGGCCACUCCUUUGGACACUCUUCCGCCCAUCUGCGGGGGUGCCGUGGUCACAAGCGUUGUGAUGUAUCCGGUGGACGUGGUGCGUGCCAUCUGUAUGGCCAACCCCGGAACAGGGGCGGGAGAAGCACUGAAAGGCUUCCUCCAGGCUCACGGCGUCAUGGGCUUCGUGAAGCAGGGCCUGGUGGCCGAAGUCACGAGGGCUUCCAUUUCCCGAGCCAUCAAGUUCUUCAUGCAGCCCAUUGUGCACAAAAACCUCUACGGCAAACCGGAGACCAAGGGCACUCCCGUCAGCAAGGGCCUGGCCGGUGCGAUUGGCACCUUUCCAGAGGUUCUUGCGAUCUCACCGUUGGAGAACAUCAAGCUGGCAGCCCAGCUGGACAAGGAAGGAAAGUUUAGCGGAUCUGCCGACAUCGCGAAGCACAUUUUGAAGACCCGAGGAUUCAACGGUCUGAUGAUUGGCUAUGCCGGCAUGCAGGUGCGGCAGUGCUUGUGGACCGGUGGCUUCUUCUUGACGCUGGACCUCUACAAAGGGUGGGUUAGCAGCGCCGUCUCGAACAAACUCGCCCAGGAUGUGUUGUCUGGCUUCGCUGCCGGGGCCACUGGAACUGCCAUGAACUGCUGGACCGACGUCUGCCGCUCCAUCGUGCAGAAGAAGGCCUUGGCGGAUACCUUCGACCCCUCCAUCCCAAGGCCAAGCAUGCUGGCACCGUACAAUCCCGUGCCCUUCUUCUCGGAGGCAGCAAACCUUGCCACCACCAAGGGCAUCGGCGGCCUCUACGCGGGUGUGGGCCCCAAGAUGGUCCACCUCGGCGGCAGCGGCGCCAUCCUCGCCGUGCUCAUGCCGCGCUUCAAGACCAUGUUGGAAGACGUCAUUGCCGAGUUGGAGACUGGGCACCUUGGACUCAGACGCUUGGGACAGCGACGACCAGCGGGAGUUGUAAUGUGCCAGAUGUACAAAGCAUAUCCUGUGUCCGACCAAGUGGUCCAGACGCGACUUCCGCUUGGAGCAGGCUUCUUCGAUGACGACUUGCACUUCUUUGUCUGCGAGGGGCCCGAUGACCAGCUCCACCCGGACAGCUCCGUCCACACCCUGACGUCGGUGCUUUGCUGGGCGGCAGCAGAUCGGCUUCAUCGAGUGGCUGCCCACUACUUCAGGGAUCCCGAUCGCGCGGAACAUUGGCAGCGGCAAGCCUUGGAAAUUCACGAGGAGAUUUGCCGACAGGCUUGGAACCCUGCACGAGGUGCUUUCACCACCGUUUGGGGUGGCACCAAGGUGGGGCCAUCCGUGCUGCGGUUGGCCGAGCUCGGAUUCAUUUCACCAGAGGACGCCCGCUUCCGUGGGACUGUGCGCGCCUUUGAAGCGGAUGCAGCGUUGUGUGCGAGCUGCUUGAAAGGAACCGAUGGCGAAGUACUUGGCGAGGAGUCAAUUUUAACGGCCUUCGCCACCUGCUUCACAACGAACACUUUGCUUUGGUAUAGCGAGGCGCUUCGCAGUAUCGGAGCGACGAUUGAAUCCAGGAGGCUUGUGGAGGCCCUUCUGCGGACCUCAAAGCAUCCCGGAAUGCUGGCCGAGGCCAUCGACCUCCAAACUGGCGAGCAGUGGGGAAACACGCCUUGCACCUCUGCUCUGACAGAUGGCGUGAGAAUGGAGGAGGAGUCCGAUGGGGUCUACGCCUACACGCUGACCAUGGGUGACAACAACUGGGAGAAGUUCCAAGUCUGGCUGGAUGAGGAUCCUGACAAGGUUCUGUAUCCGGCGAACCCCAACGAGGGCAGAGAGGCGGCCAUCGUUGGACCUGAGAGCAGCGUCGACAAGGCCCUUUCAUGGAGAAUCUCCGGCAUGUGCCACCAGGCACGGCUGAUCAACGAAGAGCAGUACAAAACGCUCGCUGAGGGCGAGGACUCCAUGGAUUGCAUUGUUGCCUUCGGCGGUGACUAUGUGCCUGAAAAUGUCUCUGACCCGAGGGACAUCUCUCAGAUGCCAGUGGCGAAUCUCAACGCUGGCAUGGAGGGCAGCCCUGGUGACAAGUACCGGAUCCGUCUCCAUGUGCAGGGACAGUACAAGCGCCUCGAAUGGUGCAAAGCCAGAGGGGCUGAUGCCGUGGCCCCUCUUGGUCGCAGGCGAUUCGCGCACAAGUUCGCGAUAAUUGGUGAUCACAGCUAUUGGACCUUUGAGGACAUGCAGGAGGAAGAGAAGGGAGUCUUCACUGCAGAGGUGCGGAUCUUGAAGGAAACCAGCAACUUCCAGAUCUACAGAGACCGGGACUUUGAGCAGGGCUUCUACCCUGCACCAGAGGCGACUGGGGGAGGUAAAGACCAAGAGAUCCAAGGUCCCGAUGAGCUGGGCCAGGGCUUGAACUGGGUGGUGAAGGGAAAAGUUGGGGAUGUCUUCAAGAUCAAAUUCAUGCGCCAAGUUCGACGGAGCCAGGACAAAAGGAGCAUCAGUUGGGAGCGCUUGCGAAACGAGACUGUGGAUUUCCAGGAGAUGUCCAAGUCUCACAAGUACUACCUGGUUGGUUCCUGGAACCAGUUUCGCGAGUGCAAGGAAAUGUUCGAGGACCAGGUGAAUGGACAGAAGCGAGUGCUGAAGCAGGAAUUCACGGUGGGCAAGACUGGCACAGAAAAGUUUCAGAUCCUCUUGAACUGCAAUUUCUUGGCCACAGUGCAUCCAGAUGUGGACGAAGCGAGCCAGGCCGGGUACAAGCUCUGUGGCCCGGACGAUGCAGGCUCAGGGAAGUAUUGGGCCACGGGAACCUCGGAGCAGCUUUUCCAAGGUGACCACGUGAUGGUCUACCUUGAGCUGUCUGGGGGAUUGCCUCACAAUGUGUGGUGGGAGAGGUUCAACUCGCCAGAUGCUCACCAAGAGUAUCUGGCCGCCGGAGCCCAGCGCGUGUGGGAGAGGCACAACCGACUCAUGGGCCUCAUCCCAUGGCAGAGCGACGAGAAGCCGGCCAGAUUGGUGAAUCCUCCGGAGUGGUAUGGCGGUGGACGCGAGAGAGAGGACUUGGUGAUGAAGAAUGUCUUCGUGCUGACUCAGGAAAUGUUGGAUCCGAACUAUGGCAAGCAGGAGGUGGAAGAGGAGCCGUUUGCACUGUCCGACAAGUGA